CGGCCGCCAAAUCCACCCGGCAGAUUCAUUUUUUGUUUGUUUUGAUAAUUUAAUUAAUUGAGUGAUUUGAGUGACUGUAAAAUCAACGUAUACUUAAUUAAAUAUAAAUUAGGUACCAUGGCAGAUUCAGAUCUAGCUGAGCUAAGAAAACAAUGCAUGCAAAGCCUUUAUUUGUGUACGGACAACGUGUCUAAAUAUUUGGACGAUGAAAAAGAGGCCGAAUUUAGGAAACUGAAGUCCUAUGUCGAAGGGUACUGUUUACAGGAAGCCCAACAAGAUGUAGCUAUUCAAGCCUUGGAGAAAGCUAAGAGAGAGACGGACAACUCAAACUUCGACACAUUGCAAGACAGAUUCAAUGCCAACUUGUGCAGCAUGGCAGGCAAAAGGCUGAACGUAAACAAUCAUCCAUACAUGUUGGAGUUGACUAAACGCUAUCAGAAAGGCAUGGAACAAUCCAGACAAAAUAUGGAUGAUUCAGACUUGGCCAUCACAGAAUCACAGGACCAAUAUAUUGACCCAAUCACUAAGAGGCCCAUAGUCGACCCAAUGAAAAACUCAGUGUGUGGACAUGUUUAUGAAAAACAAUCUAUUAUGGAACUUAUCAAGAGGAAAGCUUCUGCAAAAUGCCCAGUGGCGGGCUGCGGCAACAGAGGCCCCAUGGGCAGCCAGCUGAUUUCGGACGAAGAGCUGCGCUUCCGCCUGGCCAUCACGCAGCAGUCCACUAUGAUCCAGGAGCACUCCAUCAUGAACUUGGACGAGACCAUGUAGACGGCUUAUGGUAUCUCUUUCUCAUAUUAUUUUUGUUAUGGUCACAGCAUCAAAUCAGUACUCAAAGGUCUCAUUCAAAUAACACGUUUUAGGUAAGUCGUCAUUGUAUUUUUUUUUAUGCAACAAUGCAGGUAUUUGACCACAAUCGCACCUGAUGCUAAUGAAUGACAACAAUAU